CUGCUGGUGUGGUGGAGGUCAGAGGGUGGACUGUGAUGGCUGCCUCCUGUCAGAGAGCAUGUAGAGCACAGUAGUGAUCACAAACUUUCUGUAUUUUGUGUUUUGCUCAAGAUGGGCGGGAAAAUAUAAGCACCGUUUCGCUUCUGUUGCUGGAAAACCGUCUGCGCCGUGGAUUCAGCGAGCUGUUUCACGCGAUGGCAUUAAGCUGCUUUCGGGUCUGUGGUCGAUAUGGAUUUCUCCCGGGAUGCCGUGGAUUUGCCACGGCUGGCAGUGCGGCUCCAAAGAGGAGAGAGCCGACAGACGACAGGCCAGUCUUCCAGUAUGUAGGUGAACACAGAAAGCCCAGGGAAAAGGUAUUCGUGUGGGGCUUCAGCUGCACAGGAGCAUUAGGAAUCCCCAGCUUUGUGGUUCCGGACAGUGGCAGGAAAAAGCCCAGAAGAUAUCAGCUCACUCCUUACCGCCUGGAGACAGAACAGAAGAUCUCUUCAGCAGCCUGUGGUUAUGGCUUCACAUUAUUGGCGUCUAAUACUAAAGAUCUCACCAAAGUAUGGGGCAUGGGCCUUAACAAGGACUCUCAGCUGGGCUUUCAACGCACUCAACAUGACCGCAACAAAAGUUAUGAUUAUGUGCUGGAGCCCUCCCCUGUGUCUCUGCCGUUGGCUAAUCCUCAGGAAACGCGUGUCUUGCAGGUGUCCUGCGGCCGAGCGCACUCUCUGGUACUCACAGACUCUGAGGGAGUGUUCAGCAUGGGGAAUAAUGCCUACGGCCAGUGUGGAAGGAAGAUAGUUGAGGAUGAAGUUUACAGUGGCAACCAUCUUGUCCACAAGAUAGAGGUCUUUGACAGCCGAGUCAUUCAGGUGGCGUGUGGGCAGGACCACAGUUUGUUCCUGACAGAGACUGGCUCAGUGUACGCCUGUGGAUGGGGGGCAGAUGGACAAACAGGUCUCGGCCAUCACAACAAGACUGCACUCCCUGUUCUAGUGCGGGGGGACCUGGCAGGGGUCAAAAUUCAGCAGGUGACCACGUAUGGAGACUGCAGCUUAGCUGUGUCCACAGAUGGCCAACUGUUUGGCUGGGGCAACUCUGAGUACCUGCAGCUUGCCUCAGUCACAGAGGCAACACAGAUCAGCUCUCCACAGCUGCUUCCACUGAAGGGGGUGGGAAAGGUGACGCAGGCUGCGUGCGGGGGAACCCAGGUCGCUGUACUCAACGAGGAUGGAGAGGUGUUUGUGUGGGGUUAUGGAAUCCUGGGAAAAGGGCCUAAUCUGUCCGAGUCUGAAAUCCCAGAGAAAGUGCCAGCUACGCUUUUUGGGAGGUCAGAGUUCAGUCCUACAGUAAAAGUCUCCCAGAUCCGCUGUGGACUCACGAACUUUGCAGCUAUCACAGAUCAUGGCGAGUUGUUUGUCUGGGGCAAGAACGUGAGAGGAUGUCUGGGAAUCGGGAAACGAGAAGACCAGUAUUUUCCGUGGCGGGUGACCGUACCGGGACAUGUGGUGAAUGUUGCUUGUGGAGUCGACCACAUGGUGGCACUUGUCAAGUCAAUCAUUUAAGCCAAAGUUGUCCAACUGAGGGAAAUCAAAUUUCAUUAUUGAUCCUACUGAGCUCCAGCAUUGCUUGAGCUUGCACACGGCUAAGCAUGCUCUGUGGAGCUCUUGUACUGCAUGGCGUUCUAAAUCAAGCAAGCCAAGAGUGUAUCUACUUCAACUGGGAGAUGCUGGGAAAUGAUGUAUUUGCUCAUCGCAUG